AUCCGGACCAGGCUACUCAUUAUUUCGGACACGCAUGGUUUGCAGCUGCCUGUGAACAUCGCGACGCCGGUCGAUGUGGCCAUUCAUUGCGGCGACUUGACACAGCACUCCAAGCUGGAUGAGUAUCGAGCAGCCGUCCAGUUACUCGAGGGUAUCAACGCUCCCCUCAAGAUCAUCAUUGCUGGAAACCACGACUUUUCUCUUGAUUUACCCGUUUUUGAGAAGAAGAUCUCCGAAGCCGUCAACUUGGCGUCAGAGCCCAUCAGCGAUGCACUCAUCAAACGGGAGUAUGGCGGCUACGGGAUGGCUCGAAACUUGCUCAUGCAACUGAAAGCAAAGAACAUAUUGUUUCUGGACGAAGGAACACAUCAUUUGAACCUCACAAAUGGUGCCAAACUACGUCUUUACGCAAGCUCAUACACCCCAACAAGUGAGUCGACCAGUGAUUGGGGCUUCCAGUAUAAUGGCCUUCACGACUUCGGCAUUACUGGAACGAUCGAUAUCGCCGUAACACACGGGCCACCGCACGGACUUUUAGACAUUUCGGAAGAGAAGAAGAGAAUCGGAUGUCCCCAGCUUUUUGCGGCCGUGGCAAGAGCUCAGCCUCGAAUCCACUGCUUCGGACACGCUCACGAGGGGUGGGGUGCAAAGCUGGUUUCUUGGAGACCCGUCAUAUCAGACUUACCCUCACAUUUUACAGAUAUAGACAAUGACAAGUCUCACGUUAUAGAGAACUUGGCAACCCUAAAAGGGUUCAAAUUCGAGUCGCCAGAAGAAAGUAAAGCGAGGGAAGAGAGAAUCGCUGCCCACAAAGAGCGUGGAUACUGUGAGAUAAGUCACUUAGGCGACCCCUCGACCUUGGAAGAAGGCGCAAAGACGUUAUUCAUCAAUGCAGCCGUCAUGGGGCAAGAAGGGCUGGAUCGGCUACCGUGGGUCGUGGACAUUGAGUUGCCA